CAGUAUAAUCCGAAGCAUUGUGCUCACUGAAAAAAGCGUCCGCUCUCGAAACAACCUUCAGCGGUUGCUGUCCUCGCAGACACCGUCGGAGCUGUUUUCAUGUGUAUCCAUGCUUGGGAUACCAUGUCCACUGGUGUACGCUGCGCAAGCUGUCGUGACCCUGUGGGAUCUCAAGAAAGUCUCAGACUCCAUGAACGAGACCUUCGAUACAGCAGCAGCAUUUUCCUCGCCAGGCUUCAGUGCUUUGGCGGAUCAGCUUCAUCGCGAGUGUCAUUCACUUAGCAACAGCUGCCUCACUGCCGUGCUGGUGUCACUGAAGAGGCUCUUUCAAGAACCUUCAAUUCCUGUUUAUCAUGCGCUGCUUAGCGAAGCCGCCUCGCGGUGCUCGUCCUUUAACAUCCAAGAUCUUUCGCGGUUCAUUGUGAGCCUAAACCAAUCUAGGAAUGUCAGUCUUGCAUAUCAGUGUCUUGCUGUCUCGCGGUUACAAGAGUUGCUUCCAUCUUGCAGGACAGAGCAAGAGCUCAAGUAUGCUGCAAUUUCGCUGAGGCGUCUACUGCACCUAUCAUCACCAUCUCUCAUUGCUGCUUUCUGUAGUAAGGCCUCCGAGAUUCUAACCCCUGCAUCACAUGCUCACACACUUUUCCGUAGCUUGCCAGUUAUGCGUCAUGAGCCUCAACACAGUUUCUGUGACAGUUGUAUGUCCAAAGUCCUCACAUAUGUCGACCCACUGAUAGCAUCUUUUGACACAAAGGACCUUGCAUCUCUUGCUGACAUUAUAGCUGAUGCUCAUUGCAAUGCUAGUAACACAUUAAAGUUGAUCAGGGAACGAGCGCGCCAGCUCUACGAGCAAGCACCGUCUGUGUCGGCUGCGCAUUCUCUCAUCAUGGGCCCUCGGCUGCAGCAGCCAGAACGCCAGCAGCUUGAAAGUUCUCUUCGCAAGUUUUUGGCAACGGGCCUCUCGCACCGCAGUGUCGUGGACUUUGCAGACAUCGUCACAUGGCUUCCCAUCACCAGUUUCGAUUUGUUGACUACUUUCUGGAACUUAGCGGCAGACCUGUCCAACCCAUCGCUGGUGAUACUCAUAAGGCGUUACUUUUCUUGCUACCAGCAGACACGCUUUCGUAGCGAGCCUUUCGAGUCUGUUGUGCUGGAGUGGAGCAGAGAAGAAUUGGAGAGCUCGUGGAAACUCGGAACGGUAGCUCUGGCAGCACAAUUCAUGCUAACGUUCAGACCAUCAGAGCUGAGCCCUGAAAACAUGAGCCGACUCAGUUCAUUGCCAGGGCGGUUUCAAAGCUGGUCUCUGUUAGAACUCUCCCUUGGCCUGAAGGCAGCGGAACGGCCAUCAGUUACAUUGCUAGGGAGGACUGCUCUUUCCCCCAUGCUCAUGGACUUGAAGACUGACAUUCAUGGGGAGGUCCGCAGAAGAGUGGAAACAGUGCAAAACCUAGCCGAGCUCACUACGCUGGCUGUCUGCAAUAAAGUGUUGUGGUCAUCAAGGGGUCAUCACAUCCAGCUGAAGGAGUCUAUCGCUGCAAGAUGCGCUUCCGUGAUGGACAAUGCAUCUCCGCGAUCUCUGGCUUCAUUCUGCAAAGUGCUGACCAGGGAGCGGCUAUGGCUGCCUGACUGCUUGAACCGGCUAGUGGCUCAUGCUGUGGAGAGGCCAGAGUGGCUCUUUCCCAUCACGUUGUGCCACCUGCCGUAUGUGUGCUUCCUCAGCGGCCUGGUUCCUGACAAGGCAGAGCAACUUGCAAAGAUUGUCAGCUCCUUUGUUCUGAGGAACUUUAACGACCUGCCUACUUUGGAAGUGCUUGAAGUGGCAGUGGCCCUGGGCUUCUUCCAGUGCCUGGAGAGUGACUUGAUCCACCGUAUUUUCGCUCUGCCCUUCAUGGAACGCCUCGACCGUGAGCUGACCGGAUUUGUUGGGAACAAGCACUCGGAUCGCCAUGUGAGGGAGCUGCUGGCCAUGUUCAACCGCAUAGCCUGCUUGGACUUUCCAGAAGAGAAUGUGCCAUGGUUCCACGACCAGUUCUAUGCAACACGAGCCUUAAACGCUCGAAGACAAUUCACUACCUUGCAAAGAGAUGUUCAAGACAACCUGGCACAUGUCCUAGGUGGAAGCCAGUUUGUGCAGUCCCACGUGUUUGCACCUUACAGCUACCACCUUCCGCUCUUUUGUGAGUUGGACGCUUCAAAGGCACCUGUCCCACUCAACAACAGCAGCGGAAAACACCGCAAGGUGCCGCACAGCCAAGCUCCAGCAGUCUCACGUAGAGCUCACAAAAGGAUCGCUGUCCUCGUGCUGGGAGAGAAGAGCUUCUGUGAGAACUACCCUCAGAUUACGGGCCACCAGCAACUUAAAAUAAGGCACCUCGAGAUCCUCGGUUAUCAGCUGGUUCUGGUGCCAUUCUACGAGUGGAAUUCGAUGAAGUUGGCUGAGCCAAGUGCCAAGCAAGACUACCUCCGUGGCAAGAUCUUUGGCAUCAGCUAGUGAAAAGCCCCAGAGCUCUGUGAAUAGAAAUUUAUUGCGUAAUUUAUUUUUGUAAACAUCGAAUAGUGAAGUAUAUAAACAUAGCAUGACUAACA